AUGAUGUUCGGUCGCCCCGCCGUCCCCCAGGCAACCUGGGAAGAGAAGUAUUUUUAUCAAAAACUUCACCAUCUUUUCGACCAUGCUGCUGAUUGGUUCGUAACGAAGGUUAACUGGUGGAUGCCGUCUAUCGGUGCCGGGAUGGUGCUCAGUCUCUUUGUAUUGAGUGGCCCCAACGCCAUCGCCGAAGGAGCGUCCGUCUUGAUCCCAACGUUGUCACCAGUUGUACGCGCGCCGCCAUUUGGAUUGCAAAUGCCUGAGCGUGAAGGGGGGCCGCAGGAGGAGGACGAAGAGGAAUUCUAG